CGGCGGCGGCAGCGCCGGCAGCCGCGCCUCCACCAUGGCGCUGCCCGCAGCCCGGCCCCGCCCGGCCCCGCCAGACACGGCUUAGUGCCAGCCGAGCCGCCGCCAUGAGCUCCCGGCAGCCGGACGCUCCCGCGCUGGAGCAGGGCGGCGGGGCCCGCCCGGGCAAGGUAUCGCUGUCCCUCGGGAUGCCGCGCCGUGCCUUCAGCUACGACGACGCUCUGGAGGACACGGCGCCCAUGACGCCGCCGCCCGCCGACCUGUGCGUCAGCGUCCUCUGGAAGCAGCCGGUCAUCCCCGAGCGCAAGUACCAGGAGCUCUCGAAGCUUGAGGAAGGGGAUGCUAGCACGGAUGCACCCAUCAUAACUCCUUCAUCCUCCACUGAAAGCGUGAACAAGGUACCCGUGGUGAAGGCCAAGGCCACUCACAUCAUCAUGAACUCUCUCAUUACAAAGCAGACUCAGGAGAGCAUUCAUCGCUUCGAGCAGCAAGCAGGGCUGACAGAUGCUGGCUACACUCCCCACAAAGGCCUCGCUGCUGAGGAGACCGAGUACCACCGAGUGGCUGAGGCUGUCCACAAGCUAAAAAUGCAGAGUGGAGAGAUGAAAAAGGAUGACAAACAAGCCUCUUCUGCUCAGUCCACUCCAAGCAGCACUCCCUACUCCUCUCCCAAGCACAAAACCAGGGGCUGGUUUAGUCAGGGAUCCACUACUUCUAUCAGUGGCCCAGACUUUGCCAUGGAAGCUGGUGGGGACAAAUUGCCAUCUGAAAGGUGGAGCUUUUUUGGACCCAAAGCUAUCCAGAAAUCUACCAAUGAUUCAGGAGGAUUUACCAUCCAAUCCUAUAAGGGUGCCCAGAAGCCAUCCCCAAUGGAGCUGAUGCGUGCUCAAGCUACUAGAAUGCCAGAGGAUCCAGUCACCUUCAAGCCACCCAAAAUGGACAUUCCAGUCACAGAGGGGAGGAAACAAUCUCCACGUUCUCAUAAUAUCAAACCUCGGGAUCUGAAUGUGCUCACUCCUACUGGGUUCUAGGGACAAUGCUUCUGGUGGCUUUAGCAGGCUGCAGGGUGUCUUGGGCUCUGCUUCCCUGUCCCAUCCUGCUGCAGUCAAAUAGGAAAGUCUCCCUUAAGCUCUUCAUCUCAGCAAAGGAAGCAGUUGCGACUGUCCUCCUAAAGCCAGUCUUAGAAAAACUCCUGCACUAAUACUAAAGCAAUGGAAGGCAUCCUGGCUGCUGCUUUGCACAGGCUGCCAGGCUGCACCAGCUGUGCACCCAGCACACCACGCCACAGAAAAGCCUUGCACUAUGUUUUGUGGGACAGGAGCCUGUGUGGUGUGCAAACAGCCUGGCUUGGCCACCUGUAGUCUGAUUGUCCUGUCCUGCUCAGUGCUGAAGUACCCUCAGGAGGACCCUGGUUCUGUCUGGCAUAUACACAACACCAGCAGGAAGUGAGAAAAAUAGGCCAAGUCUCAAAACUGGACCAUUAACUGUCAGAAGGAAGUUGCUCUGGUAGGUUGGCUUUGAAUGUGGCACUUUGUGAUCUUAGAGUUCAGCACCUCCUACUCCUUAGUUCUUGCAAUGUCUUUUAAGGAAAAGUGGAGCAGUGACCAUUCUAAGAUGCUCUUAUUAAAAGACAGGGAGCAGAAUGUAAUGGGGCUUGGCAGUAAUGAGGAAGAAUUGCUUCUCUUCCAGCUCCACGUGUUCCUCUAAAAAGGUGGCAAUGUCCAGAGCUGGAGUGAUUUAAACCAAGUAGUCUUUUCUUCUUUCUGCAAAACACUGUCCUGUCUUCUCACAAGACAGCAGACUGACAGAUAUUGUGGCACCUGGGUGCUGCUUAAUAUGGGUUUGUUUUUUCCUAGCAUCUUCUGUGAGUUGUGUAGAGGUGUUUUAGACACCAGAGGCACUUCUCAAAUAGGGUUUUUUUUUCCUUCCAGGUUAAAUGCAUUUUUCAGUGCUGGAGGAGUACUGAGAGCAGAUCAAGGCUAAACAGUCCUCCCUGCUGUGAUGCAGCUGUAUUAUUAUUUUGGCUUAAUCAUAACUGGUUCCUGGGAACAGCUAACACUUGCUUCCAUGAAAAUGGAAGUAAUUCCUGGCUACCAUCUAAUUCCUUAAGCAUUGUUGGUAGAAUUGCUCUAAUCUUCACCUGCCCUGUGGCAAACAGCUCUCCUCUCUUGAUCUGAGGAUUGUGUUGCAGAGCUCCCUCAGCCAGCAGCAGCCUUUCUGGAGUAGUGGGGUGGCAGCAGCAGCCUUGCAUCCAAUUCUAAAAGCUUCUCUGUGGGCAGGACAUUACAUGGAGGUUACUUAACAGCUGGUAACCACAGAGCUCUGAGGUUUCUACCUUCUUGAACCAAACAUUCCUCCUGGAGGGUGAGGCAGGGUUGGCUCCCUUGGCCAGCAGUUGCUGCCUCUUCUGAGGAAGCACAUUUUGUGGCUCUGCUUCCUCUCAAGCUUCAUAAUCACUGCCAAUGACGUGUUGUGUUGAAAGUUUCCUACCCAACCAAGCAGUUUCCACUGUCACCACUCACUUGCACCUUGGCAAUCAGUCUCUUGUUUGACAUUAAUUUAUUUGCUCUCUGUAUUCAUGUCUCAUGUGUAUGAUUUGUUUGUUUGUUACAAGAAAAUAAACUCCUUGUGAAGGGA